CGCCAGCGGGGGACUGCCCCCCCCCAGGGGGGGGUCAUGCUAGAGGAUCACUUUCAAACAGCCCCUUAAUCAUUUCGGGUGGGGAGGGAGACAGCCAGACCGGGGCAGGCCCUGGGCCUGUCAUCACCCCCUGCUGCCCAUAGAUCUGCCCCCCGGACCCGUCAGCAGGUGGGAUCCCACAACCGGGGAGCCCGGAGCCACAACCACAGGCCAUGGCACCUGGAGACACAUUUCCAGCUAGGAGGAAGAUGCAACUUUGGGAGCCCCACAGGCCAGGACUCCCCCCCGGGCCUCAUGGGUUAAACCCACCCACGGAAAAUAGCGAGGCAGCGCCAUGCCCAGUGGCGCCUAUCGCCUGCCUGCCUAGACCUGCCGCAGCUCCCCCGGGACCCCAGAGCCCGCCCCUAACAAUCUGCCUCAGGCUCGGCCCGGCUAGCGGAGACUCCAGCAGCGGAGAGGAGAGCGAGGGAGCUGCUCCUGGGACCGGGACGCUGAAGGGCUCCGACAGCCAGUUUGCAGGGCUGGCAGCGCCGACUCAGGCCCGUUCCCACCGAGAGAACUGCAUAGCAUUGCGGUGACAGGACUGGAGCAGGGAGGCGGUGCUGGCGUGUGGGAGAGUCCGGCUCCUCCAGACUGCUGCCCGGGGGAGGUCACUCCACUGACAGCUUCGGUCCAGGCCGCCUUCCCACUUGGUGCCUGCCUCUGGGAGAACAGCUGGAGCUGAUACGAGGGGUCCUGCAUCACAGACAGCAGCAGGCCCCAGCCUGCACGAGGCCCCAAGUGGGUGUGAGAGCCCUUUGUGGCACAGCCCACCGGCUACACCCAGGUGUGGAGGACCCCACCUCGACAGCAGGCCCCAGCACCAGCCUGCUGUGCAGCCCAACGCACUGGCUGGUGCCGCUUCCCCAUCCACCAGCAGGCACCGGAGCAAGCCACGCACAGCUGAGGCCCUGGGCCGCAUGCAGGCGCUGGAGAGGGAACACCCAGCAGCAGGGUCCCUGCCCUGGCAGAUGUCCCAUGUGCCUGACUCCCACAACAUGGGGGAGGUGAGAGGGGAGUGUGCAGCUGCCCACACCUCCCUGAGCAAAGUCAUUGUGUGGCACAGACAGCUGGCGCUGCAGCUGGGAGGCACGGCUGACUCACCCCGGCUGCGGGAGGAGCUGCAGGAGCGGAGCAAGGAGGUGCACGAGCUCAGCAAGGGGCUGCGGAACAUGCUCCUAGCCAGGCUGAGGCAGCCGCUGGCCAGCCCUGAGGAGCGGCAGGAGCUGGAGAGGCUGUGGGUGCUGUCCCUGUCAGCUCUGGAGCUCUUCCACCAAGACCUGCACAGGGCCCAUCAUCUCUGCCAACUCUUCCCCCUGCAGGGGCGGGGAGGGCCGCUGCUGAGCACUGGCGUCACGGGGAAGGCCACAGAUGGAGGGCACAAGCCGUGGAGGAGGCCAAGCCGCAAGGGUGCCAGGAGCACGGAGCAGCUGGGUGCUGCCCCUAGCCUGGAGGAGCAGAUUGAGUGUGUGGGGACCAUGCUGCUGGAGAUGGAGACCAGAGUCAAUGUCCCUGUCUGGACUGUGGAGGCCACAGAAGAGGCCGGGCCGGGCAGCAGCUUGGCCUGUGAGGCAGAGGGGUCGUGCAGCGAGAGACAGGCUGCAGAGGUGGCAGGUGGCCCAGGGUGCUGCAGGCGUCAGGGCUGGCCUGCACUCUGCUGCAUAUUGUCAUGACCAGCCCCCAGGCGAAGGGGCAGGACUUUGCUCCCCCCAGGAGAAAACCCAGAACAGGGACCCUUGGCCACAGCAGCCCAGAAAGGCAAGUUUCUUUGAGCACAUGGCGCCCAGCUGGGAGAAGCAGGAAGAGGUGCUCUGGCUUGGGGUAGGAACAGGUUGGCUGAGGGCUCCCCUGCCAGCAGGGCAGUCAGCUCAGGGAGCAUGUGGGACAGCAGUGGCAAGGUGGGGGAGCACUGUAGGCCAAAGGAAGGGUGGCAAAGAGCCCCCACCCCCCUGGCACUGGAGGGAGUCAUGGCAGAGGAGACCGCUGGGGGAUUAAUAAACAUCGUUCUCCCACUUGCGUUCGUUCCCUGUAGAGCCUACAAAGUGCCCCUGCCCCAGGGAACCAUUUCCACACCCACAGUGGUGGUGGUGAUGGAGGUGCCUGGAGGUCACAGAGAUCUGUGCUUGAAUCCCCAUCUGCUGGGGUGACUGGCCCCAGGCGGUGGCAGAUCAGCAGCCGAGAGCUGCCUCAAGGCAGGGCCAGGCCCUCUUGGCUCCAAGUGCCCUGGGCUCGGUUCUUGCUGUGCAUGGCAGCCCGGCCAGAAGGGGUCACCGCGGCCCAAGACACUACCCAGCCCAAUGCAAGUACCAUGAUCUGUGCAAAACCAAAGUUAAAA